AGGGUUAAUAAAAAGGACACAUUUGCAUGUACACUUGAGAUUGCAAAAAAUGGCGCCUGCAUGUUUAUGGUUUAUGCUGUAUACGUGUCCCCUCGCGUCCGUGUCCUUCUGUGCGGUCCUCCCGACAACACCCAAAGUCUUUGGCUUUGUGGCCAAACACCCAGCCGCAGAUAUGUACCACUGCUACCUGUUCCAAAGCAAGACGUUUUCUCACCUGCUCGUCUCCAUUAUUGGAGAUGCCUUUAGGGCCACCAACCGCGAGCAGAGUCUCAGAGUCGGAGGACGGGAUCUGAUCGUGGAGGCGCUUAGGCACAAGAAUAAGGUCCUUCAGAGGGAGAACACGGAGUUGAGGAUGAGACUCAAUGCAUCAGGAGAUGUAAGGGAAGCAGCAUAAAAUUCCACAGCAGGGAGGACACAUCCCCUCUACUGAGAAGAGGAAUUGAUCAUGACUGAUGUUUGAAGAGGAAUGGCUAUCGACCACAUAUUAUGCAGUUUGAGAUACCAAAUUAAACUUAAUUGAAAGAAAGAAUGUCUUUCUUAGGGAUAUUGUGUUGAUAUAUAUUAAUACAUUGUUGUAUUAUGCGAGCCGGUAUGUGCAAGCAUUUCAAUACUCGAUAUUCUUUCGAGUAUCCUUAAAAAGUUUAGUAACAGUCGCGUUUCAUGUGCUACUUGGAGCUAAAAAACUCGGACAUUACCGAUUAAGAUAAUUAGUUUAACGUGGCACGUGAUUAACGCAACCAAUUGUGAAGUUUGAACCCGUGUUAUAUGUACGCAAAGGGAAGAGAGUGGGUUGGAUUAACUACAUUAAUUCUAGUCGUUUCCGAGUUUAAGUUCCUUCUACCACAUGAAUGUGGCAUAAGCGCAGAGACCAAAAUCAAGCGAGACGUCACACACUCACUUUAAAUAAACAACAGUAAGCCAGAUCAGCAUGGCAGUGAGCCUUAAAACUUUGUUUCCAAACGUCAUCUAAACUCCAAAAGAAAACCCAUCGGAUCCACGUGGCUUUGGUGCCUCUUAUUAAGCAGACCAUUUUGUAAAUAGUGAACAGUUCAAGUGGGACAACGUCAAAUAUUACCCUUCUUUAACAAGUGCAUGAACAACACCACGAGAACAUGAAGUGGAACAGAACUUGAUAAUCUACAAGAAAUAUUGUCAACCAAAGAUAUAGCCUGCUCAUGGGCAUUCGGUGGUCCCGCGGUGGAAGCGACGGGAGCGUGCUGCUCAUUCCCGGUGUUGCGACGGCACAGUCGCGUGGCGACGACGACAACGACUCGCUGGAUGGGCUGCACCGGCGGGAGGACAUCGCCCAGUUCCCCUACGUUGAGUUCACCGGCAAGGACAGCAUUACCUGCCCGACAUGCCAGGGCACCGGGCACAUCCCCUCAGAGCAGGUAAAUGAGCUGGUGGCGCUGAUUCCCUACAGUGACCAGAGGCUCCGACCCCAAAGAACGAAGCUGUAUGUGGUCCUGUCAGUGGUGCUCUGUCUCCUGGCUUCUUCGCUGGUGGUCUUCUUCCUCUUCCCACGCCCUGUGGUGGUGGAGGAUGAUGGGAUACGCUCUGUCACCGUGCAGUUUGAUCCGGUCAACACGAAAGUCCUCAUGAAUAUGACGAGCUCCUUGAACUUCAGCAACUCCAACUUGUUCACGGUGACAGUGAACAGUCUGAACUGCCAGGUUCUCUACAUGAAGACGGUGAUCGGCACAAAGCAGCUGGACAAUGUCAUCACCAUACAGCCGCUGAGCCAGAGACAGGUGAACUUCACAGUCAGUGUUGAGAUCGGUGGGAGUGCAUCCUAUGUCUAUGCCUUCUGCACGAUGGCGAGCAUCAAGGUUCACAACAUCGUGGUUUUCAUGCAGACGUCCGUGAAGACCUCCUACAUGGUGCGCACAGGCCAGAACACUCUGGAAGCCUACCGCUUCAUUGACUGCGCUUCCAACUCCACGGUUCACCAGCCGCCCUGGUGACCGCGACCCUCCCUCACCCGGUCACUUGGGUCACGACCCGCCACGGCGGGGAGUGGUACGGUCCCGCACCAAGGGGUCCGGGUCACGAGAACCAAAGGUGUUCGUCAGGGUACCGGGAGCCUGGCCACUCGGAACCAUGGAAUUAUUCCAAAAUAAUGUAAUAACCUAGCCGUCGUUUUGACGUGUUUACUAAGUGUGACCGUUAGGUCAUCGGACACUAGCUCCUCAGUGAAUUAGUUUUUUUUGCCAUUUCGCAUUUGACUAGAGUUCGGGGUGAUACUUACCUGAAGCCUGCUAAGGAUUCAACUGGGCUGGGUUGGACUGGUCAUCCAGGGGCACGGUCGCCAAUGUUACUGGUCGGUGGUGACCGUGUACACUGCUGUCCUCACCCAAGUAUUUUGUAACUUUGAGGGCGUCUUGCAGCAUUUUUAGGGGGUGAUAAUGUGAAUUGAGUGGUUCGGCGCAGGGAGGUAAAGUUGGAUAAAACGACUAACAUUUUAUUGCACGAGACGGGAGAUUUGCUCCCUGUUAUUUAUAUCGAGGACUUGACAGUAGUUUAGGGAUGAGCUUAGGGAUGUUGCGCUGUUUACUACUGUACAUCAUACAUUUUAUGACAUUAUGUCCUUUUGCAAUUAGUAUAUUGUACAAAUUCCUGUUUGUUUAGUAUGUUACACAUUUCUUGAGAUCCCUGGGUACAUCUUUAAGGGUGUUUACAUGGAAUGUGGGAUCCUGGAGUGUUUGAGGGAGUUCUUCAAAAUAUCUUUCUUUCACAAGACCUGAAAAUAGAAAAUGCGAGAUGCACAUGGCAAUAACUUACAGGAAGCUGUAGUUACUGUGUCACAAUACUAGUUUCAGGAUUAGCUUCUGAAGUGUUUUUGUUUCUCACAUAUGGUUCUUUACUCAGAUCAGAGUACUAAACACGACAGGAUUCAUAUUGUACUGGGAUAUAUACGAAAGCACUCUCAGCUAAUUUAUUUAAAACUUGGAAAUGGAGUUAAAAAUGUUUUUUUCCUUUGUGUAAUUUAUCCACUGCAUAAUCUGGAUCAUACAAAAACCAGAGGCAACUGCUUCUUUUAAGGGAGCUUCACGGUCAACUAAUAUGAAAAAUACUGUACGUUUUAACACUGUUGGGGUAUCGGGAAGACAUUGCAAAAUGACAAGAUUUUUAAAUCUAUUAUACAGAAAGCACAGUCUUGCCGAUGACCGAGCACACUAGCACAGUGUAAUUUAUAAAUGUGGACAGUGUUUAUGGGUCCGAUUUGCACAUGACUUCUUCAGGGCUUGCUUACGAGACGUCAAUAGUUACAACCUCUGGUGUCCGUCAGGUCAGCGUGACCAAUGUGGUGUCACACAACCCGCAGUCGUUCUGUUGUGGUGCGCUUCUCUACAAUGUUGUUUACCUCCCAAAGUACAAACGGUCAUUGUUAUCGACCUACACAUAUGUUAGCUGACGUAAUGAAGUGAGUUGCAGUGUUGUGAGGGUAUUAAAAAGUGAUCUAGCUCGCUUUGCUGUUUAUUUUACUAGUUAGACAUUUGGGAUUGAUUUUGAAACGCGUGUAAAAUUGAAGGGUUCUUGAGUGCAUACAGUGGCACUCGGGCUACUCCCUAUUGUGUCUUGUACACACCAAGUAUGUUUGGCAAAAGCACAAACAGUUCUGGGACAAAGUUUCAGUUGAGAAAGGUGAAGUGAAAGAGGAGGUUUUAAAAAAAAAAAAAAAAAGUGUUGUAUGUUGAAGGGAUAUGAAAUCAUGCUUUUUUUAUUAAAUACAUUUUUGAUGAUUAAUUUUCAUAUUCUGAAUUGUAAAAUUUGUAUCAGAAUGGUUAACCAAUAAAGUGAAAAGAUUUAAGAUUUU